AUGUCGAAUCGGAAGAAGGUGGCAUACUUCCACGACCCCGAUAUUGGCAGCUAUUACUACGGGGCGGGGCACCCGAUGAAGCCGCAGAGGAUCCGCAUGACGCACUCUCUAAUCGUUUCGUACAAUCUGUACAAAUAUAUGGAGGUGUACAGGCCACACAAGAGUGACGUAAAUGAGUUGACCCUAUUCCAUGACUACGAGUAUGUGGAUUUUCUGUCCUCCAUUUCGAUGGACAACUAUCGUGAGUUUACGUACCAACUGAAGCGAUUUAAUGUCGGAGAAGCAACAGACUGUCCUGUGUUUGAUGGGCUCUUUCAAUUUCAGCAAUCCUGUGCCGGCGCAUCGAUAGACGGAGCGGCGAAGCUAAAUCAUCAUUGUGCUGAUAUUUGUGUAAAUUGGUCAGGCGGAUUGCACCAUGCAAAGAUGUCCGAAGCCAGUGGAUUCUGCUACAUUAACGAUAUAGUACUCGGAAUCCUAGAAUUAUUGAAGUAUCACGCACGGGUCAUGUAUAUAGAUAUUGAUGUGCACCACGGGGAUGGUGUAGAAGAAGCCUUUUAUGUUACUCAUCGAGUUAUGACGGUCUCAUUUCACAAGUUUGGUGAUUACUUCCCCGGAACAGGAGACAUUACCGAUAUUGGCGUCCAUCACGGAAAGUACUACAGUGUCAAUGUGCCACUGAACGAUGGCAUAACGGAUGACGCGUUUGUCGAUUUAUUUAAGGUAGUCAUCGAUAAGUGUGUGCAGACCUACAAACCAGGAGCAAUCAUACUGCAGUGUGGGGCGGACAGUCUUACUGGGGACCGAUUAGGAAGAUUCAAUUUAACCAUUAAGGGACAUGCAAGAUGUGUCGAGCAUGUCCGAUCGUAUAAUUUGCCUCUUCUCGUUUUAGGUGGCGGAGGUUAUACCAUUAGAAACGUCUCUCGAUGCUGGGCAUACGAAACGGGAGUUGUCUUAAAUAAGCAUCAUGAAAUGCCAGACCAGAUCAGCCUAAACGAUUACUAUGAUUAUUAUGCCCCCGAUUUCCAGCUACAUCUACAACCAUCAGCCAUCCCCAAUUAUAACUCUCCUGAACACUUGAAUCGCAUAAAAAUAAAGAUCAGCGAAAAUUUGAGAAACAUAGAACAUGCACCCGGGGUUCAGUUUGCCUAUGUCCCUCCCGAUUUCUUCGAUUCCGAAAUUGAUGACGAGUGUGAUAAGAACCAGUAUGAGUUGAAGGAUGAUAGUGGCGGCGGUCGCGCGGCGGGCACCCGGUCCAAGGAGCACUCUACCACGCAUCACCUGCGCAGGAAGAAUUACGAUGACGAUUUUUUUGACCUCUCCGACAGGGACCAGAACAUCGUCCUCUGA